AUGGGGGAUCAACAUGACAAGUUCAAGGCGCAGGGCAUCACCAUGAAGCAGGGCACAAGACCCAAGCGCAGGCUCAAGCUGGGUGCCGUGGCCCGUGGCACGAAACCAAACCACCUCCCCAUCGACGAUCCGGUGUUUGAACUCAUUGAUAAGGAGCGGCACAAGCUUGGUUGGAUCAUGAUGCAAGGAAAACAGCCGUUGCGGUGCGAGGUUCGGAAGCUGAAGCUCAACGAUAAGGCGUGCAUCGGCAAGGGCCAAUUUGGAUACGUGUUUCGUGCGACUGUGCCAAACACGACCACACACGUCGCGGUGAAGCAGGUGCCCGACACAUCUGACAGUCACCGGCGACGAUCCCUCAUGGCGGAUCUCCAGACCAGUCGCCUCAUCCAGCACCCAAACUUUGUCAAGUUCUUCGGCUUCGACUACUGGGAGGCGUCACUUUACAUCUUCCUCGAGCUCAUGGAUGCAGACUGGGAGCGCAUCUACACCACCGUUGCUGCUACACAUGAGACGAUACCAGAGCCCGUGCUUCGCUCUGUCGCCACCGCCAUCGGCUCAGCGCUCGUUCAUCUCGAGACGGAAAAAAUCCUGCACCGAGACAUCAAGCCGAGCAACAUGCUGCUUGGGUUUGACGGGUCGAUCAAGCUGUGUGACUUCAGCAUCAGCCGUCAGGUGCCUGAGGGUGCGGCUGAUUCAUACGUCGGAUGCGGGCCAUACAUGAGUCCGGAACGCAUGUCCAGCCAGCGCUACGACCUCUCCAGCGAGCUCUGGUCAACCGGCAUCUCGUUGCUUGAGCUCGCGAAUCUGCGCCAUCCGCUCGCUGAGGAGCAGAAAUCCAUUGAGCGGCUGCUUGGCGCCGUGGGGGCAUGCGACUUUGAUAAGCGCGUGCGUUCUGGAUUUUCGGACCAGCUGUCCGAUCUCAUUCACAAAUGUCUGGAGAAGGAGUGUGAACAUCGCAUUGAUGUUGCAGGAUUCAACCGACACCCGUUCCUGCGCGGCGAAACCGCAGACGCGUCGCAGUGGUGGCGCGAGUUCAAAGACCGACACGCCAACCCUGAUCGUGGUGAUGGUGGCGGGCUGGCGGAGCUUGGUGACGCUUUGGGUAAGAGCACAGAUACAGUUGUGGGUGAUGCUGACGAUGGUGACGAUGGUGAUGAUGAUGAUGGUGGUGAUGGUGAUGGUGAUGGUGGUGGCACCUCCCACAAGACUUUUGUAUCCACGCAACAACGGCGACAGCCCGGUGCGAGGCAGCCACCGCCGUCGCUCACGGCCCCUGAUGAUGCGGCAACACCACGACCACCGACACCGGCACACGAGGACCUGACACCCGCGCACUCUGAGAUGUACACCGGUUCCGACCUCCUCACACCAACGCCGUCAAGCAGCGACCCAGCAAGCUAG